UAUUGAUCAAUAUUUUAAGCUUUGUUUUGGUCGUUGUUGUUGUUAUUGUUUUGGAUAAAGGAGUUGUUGUGUUUUAUUUUAAAAAAAUGUUUCUUAAUGAAAUUUGGAUGAUUUGCUACCCCCAAAUAAGCACUAUAUAUUAAAACGUUAGAAAAUUAAUAACGAUGUGACACAAUGGUUUUGUGAGUAAAUACUAUCAUGUACAUGUAUAUCAUAUCAGAUUCUAUGACUUUCAUCCAAAUAUUAGAUUAUAAACCUUGUUGCAAGAUUUUUCUGUUGUCUCCUUUUUCCCAGCCAUUAUUAAGAGGACGAUCCAUAGGCUCAUCAUUAGGGUCAUACAAAGGAAGUUCUGGUCACACAGGGUCACUCUCAUCGCCAAGGCACUACCCCCAACAGUUUGGUACACCACUCCGAUCUCAAGGACCUGAUAGCAAACUGGACAGGACACCUGCAAGGUCCUCAUCUGUGGGUUGCACCCCUAAAGAUUCCUUAAGUGCUCCUCCUGUUGAAGGGCUUUAUGAUGCGAGGAGCUCAGAUUUUACUCAUUCUUCAUUCAAGCCAAUGGAUGUGACGAUGGCUUCAGUUGCAAACUCAACAGUCAGGAAAAGUGCCGGUUAUUCUACUCCUGGUGGCAAUGUCACCAUGUCUGGUGUAGAUUCACCCCACUUCAGCCCUCAGCGUGGUGGCCAUUUAACAUCACCUACUCAGAUUGAUCCCUUCUACACUCAGGGAGAGGCCUUAUCAAGCGAUGACAUUUUAGAUGAAUGCUGGGUGACAGUGUUUGGGUUUCCUCCUGCAGCCUCAUCCUUUAUUCUACAACAAUUCUCUCAAUAUGGCAACAUUGUAAAAAGUGUGACAUCCAAAGGGAACUGGUUGCACCUUCAAUACCAAUCCAAACUUCAAGCCAAAAAGGCUCUUAGCAAGAAUGGAAAGGUUUAUGGCAGUGGCAUAAUGGUUGGAGUUAUGCCUUGUAUUGAGAAGGGUGUCAUGCAGGCUUAUGGGAAAGAGAACAUGCAUACACCAUCAUCAUCUGACAGGAAUGAACCUCAAGUAAUAUCCCCAGCAUCUAGCAAGCCAGCUCCAGUUCGACCACUGACUGCAGCUUAUCAGGCAGCAAGAAGCGACCAUCAGGUUGUGCCAGAUGGAAGUAGAACUCCACAGAAAGAUUCCAACUUUGUUUCUAAAGCAAUGGAGUACAUGUUUGGCUGGUGAAUAAUCAUACAGAAGUUAUGAAGACUUAAAUCCGUCCUCUACAAAUAUAUAAUUAUCCUUCUUAGCAUAACAAUUAUGGCCUUUUGGUAUUUAUCAUAAAAUAAUGUUAGUGUCAAGAGAAGUUAUAAUCUGUAGUUAUAUAAAUGCAAUCGACUUUCAAGUUCCAUAUGUCAGGAGAUGUAUAUUCAAAUUCUUUUAAUUCAAUGUGCAGUUGGAUUUAACCAACUGGAACAUUUUGUAUCAUAACUUCAUGUGAUGUUGUGUGUUGUUAUGUCGGGAUUAUUCUCUCUGUUUUAUUAUUGACUAGAUAUCAACUUGUAAAGAGCUAAUUAAAAACACCAAAUAAACUUUUUGCACACACAUUCUGUAUACUUUCAAUUCUAAAGAGUGGUUGUUUCAGUCUUCAGUAGGAAAAAAGAUGGCGGCUGUACAUUGCACCAUGUAAGCCUAACCCAGCCAAUAAAAUACAAGGAAAGCAUGUUUUUGCAGUAAUUGUGCCUGGGCUAACGACAUAGUGUAUUCUAGGUUUGAAGAUGUUAGGACUUUUCUGUGCGUUUUUAAGAGCGUUGUUAAAGUUUUUGUGCACUAAGAAUUAUGGGUAAAUGUACCAGUCGCCAUCUUUUUCCUACGGAGGAUUAUGUAUGCAGUCACUUCCCUGAUAGGCCAAGAGAUAUUCAUAAUAUUUAUUAGCUGUCUGGUCAGGUUUUACAAAUAAAAUUACAAGCGCUUUAA